GAACUUUGAUCAAGCCACAGUAGGACCAACAGACCCUCAGCUGUUGUCUCCGAUUCAGCUUUUUUGCAAUUUUUUCACUGACUACAUCCUACAGGAUAUUGUAACUCAGACUAAUUUGUAUGCUGAUCAGUGUAGAGAGGACGGCAACAACAAAGUGGCUUGGGAUAAAAUUACUCUUCCUGAAUUGAAAAGCUGGCUUGGUCUUUUGUUAGCAAUGGGCAUUGUUGAGAAAAAAGGCAGAACCGCUGAGUACUGGACAAAACACUGGUUGCUUCAAACCCCUGGAUUUGCCACUACGAUGUCGAGCAGGAGGUUUCUUACGAUUCUUCGCUACAUACACUUUGUAGAUAACCGAGACCCUACUAUCGACAAAAAUUAUAAAUUAUGGAAAAUUCAGCCUCUAAUUACGUACCUCACCCGUCGCUUUCAACGUGUCUACCGUCCCAGAUGUCAAAUUGCUAUUGAUGAGACAAUGAUAAAAUUCAAGGGCCGGUUGAAAAUAAAGCAGUACAUUCAAAACAAACCAACGAAAUGGGGCAUAAAGCUCUUUACUCUUGCCGAGUCAAAAACGGGAUACGUGCUCAAUGUCAUCCCGUAUGCUGGCAAGAGAGCUGAUACCGACGUGUCGAAAACAACACAAACGGUAAUGGAUGUCCUCGAACCAUACCUACGUCGCGGACAUCAUUUGUUCAUGGACAAUUAUUACACCAGCGUUGAACUGAUGAAACGUCUUGAGCAGGAGGGUACGCUGUCAUGUGGAACAGUGAGAAGUAACAGAAAAGGACUGCCAGCUGAAAAAAUGAAGAAGACUGCACCUGCUGUAAAAAAACUGAAGCGAGGAGAAAGCAUUACGCUGAUGCAAGGUCGCAUGGCUGCUGUGACAUGGAAAGAUAGUCGUGUGGUGAAUCUGCUCACAAAUCUUCCAGGUCCGCAAGUAUUAGGCGACACAGAAGUGCAGAGACGCGAGAAAACUAAAGAUGGAGUGAGAGAAUUUGCCAUCAAGAAGCCUGUGGCUAUAAACACAUACAACACAUACAUGGGCGGAGUUGAUCUGUCAGACCAGCGUGUUUCGACUUAUCGCCGACACAUGAAGUCUCUUACAUGGUACCUGCAAAUCUUUUACCAUUUUUUGCGGUUGUCAGUUGUGCAGGCCUUCAUCAUAUACAAGGAACUGAACCCUGGAAAUAAAAUAGACCAGAAAAAUUUCACAACUGAGGUCAUCGAUGGUCUUGUUGCUGGACGAAGCUUCAUAAAAAAGAAGGGUCGACCUUUUUCCUCUGUCGCCAACAAGGAGAACAUUCGAUUUCAAGAGAACUACAGCCAUGCACCGCAAAAACUAGAAACUGGCGGUCAAUCAUGUGUAAAGUGCAUACAAACAGAGUGA